CGUUUCACUAAAAGGCGUACGCCUGUCUUAACUCUACGCCCGGCGUAAGUCCGGACUUACGUCUAACAUUUGGACUAAGGUCCGUUUCACUAAAGGGCGUAACUUUGCGCCCGCCUUAAGUUAAGACAAAAAUCUACGGCUGGUCUAAGGCAGGCGUAACUAUAGACGUAAACAUUGGAUAAUGGCGACUUUCUGGCUGCUUCACAGAAGAAGAAGGGAAACACCUCGGCGAGAACGCGUUUUUCGGGACCGAACCAACCCUCUCGAGUAUCUUGAUGAUAUAGAUCUCGUAAGUAGGUAUAGGUUCCCGGGAAGAGUCAUUCGAAAACUGAUAAAUGAUGUUGACCCUAUUGUGAGGCGACCUACAUACAAAAGUCAUGCCAUUCCCACCCACAUUCAGGUAAUUAUCACCUUAAGAUAUCUGUCAAAGGCGGACUUCUUUUCGGAAGUAGGCGACCUUCAUGGCGUUUCCAGAUCAUCCGUAUCCCGAGUAGUACAUACAGAUUCAUCAUAUUGUUAUACAGUGUGCAGUGCAAUAAAUACAACAGUGGACAACAUUAAGUUUCCAGUUACUGCCAAUGAAUUACGCCAUGUAAAAUCUGAGUUCUAUGACAUUGCCAAAUUUCCAAAUUGCGUUGGUGCAAUCGAUGGUACUCUAAUACCAAUUAAGGGCAUGAGUGGACCACAGGAGCCUGCUUUUGUAUGCAGAAAAAACUUUCAUGCCUUAAAUAUUCAGGCCGUAACAGAUUCCAAUAUGAGAUUUCUUCAAAUCAAUACCUGUUUUCCCGGGGCAACUCACGACUCUUUCGUUUUGAGCAACUCGGGAUUGUCAGGUGUUAUGGAACAUCUCGAAGGGGGUGGGUGGUUACUUGGGGAUUCUGGCUACCCUCUCACAGAAUGGCUCUUAACGCCAUUCUUAACCCCAGCCAAUCAACACGAAGUGAAUUACAACGAUGCCCAUGGAAAAACUCGUGUUGUCAUAGAAAAAUCGUUUGGGGUAUUAAAAUCCAGAUUUAGGUGUUUACAUCGAACUGGAGGAGUACUCCCCUUUUCACCAAGUAGAUGUUCUCAAAUUAUUCAAUGCUGUAUCCGGCUUCAUAAUUUAGCUGUUUCAGAGAAAGUCCCCUUACUUGAGGGUGGGGUUGUACAGAACAUCAAUGACAAUGCCGUGUUUAACGCAAACGCACCAAGGAGAGCACAGGAUGUGCGCAUUCAAGUUGCAAAUUUAUUUUAACAAUUCAUCUAUUCAUU